UGUAUUUUACAAAAUGUCUUUAAUGGAUGCGAUUUUAAAGAGAGUGCAAUCCCCUGAGUCGGUGGUGAAUAAAUACUCUUCCCCGCCCCCAGAAAUAGACGAAAGAUUUUUACGUCCAAAUAAAUUUGAGAAGCGAACGAAAAAGGACACACGCGCAUGCGCAAUCGUCAACUCUUCGUCACCGUACUUCAACGAGCUUCAAAUGUACCGACCACUACCCAAAUGGAAACGUCAAGUUCAGGAAAUAUAUACUGAUAAUUUAAGAGUAUUGUUUGCUAUCAUCAGAGCUUAUUUGAAUGGAGGUAGAGUGGACAGCCAUUGGUCAAAAAUGACGCCACUAACAAAACAGUAUUACGAAAAUAGAGUCAAUACGUGUCAAAGAACUACCCGUGAAAACAAGGAGAUAUAUAAACGAAUUAAAAAAACUCGUGCUCGGGUGGUACCAACGACAGAUCUCAAUAAAGAAUGGUCACGCAAUAAACACGAUAUUAUACAUAUGUCGAAGAAUCCAUUCGUAUUGUUUCCGAUUCAACAAGUUGAGACGAUUGAGGACGUCGCGUUUAAGCCAUCGGAUAAAAUGAAACGACCUCGAGCGUACAUAACACUACGAAUGCGGGACGCCGCAAUUAUCGGGACAAUAGCUGUGGAACUUUUCGUUGAUGUGUGUCCCGCGACUUGUCGACUAUUCCUGGAUCUGCUUGACGGAGACGGCCUGGGGUACGGGUACGUCGGCACGCAGUUUUUUAGGAAGGUACCAAACCUGUAUUGGAGCGGUGGUGAUGUGGUACAUGACAAUGGGUUCGGGUGUUACGCUCAACGCGGUCGAGUGCGACCCAUCAACGCCGAGAACUACCACUUCUCACAUUCCAUACCAGGGUUGCUCUCGAUGCGCGUGACGUCAGACGAGCUCGUGUGUGGAGAAUUCAAUAUUACGUUUAAGCCUUUGCCUCAGUUUGAUUUAAAAAAUGUUGUAUUUGGAAGGGUUAUCCGUCCUUGUUCGACGUAUGAAGUUAUCCGUAUGUUGGGCUCUCCGCUGAACACUCAUCCUGUCAUAGAAAUAGCGGCUACAGGGAGGCAUGUCGACAAGCGCUAUAUUCGAGGCUCACCCAAUAGAAUAUUGCAAACUAGCUUAAAAAUACAUAAAUAAAUAAUGGCUCGUACAUAAACAGUCUAAACAAAAUUAUUUGAAAUUCCGUUACUAAUGUAUAUAAUAAACAUUAUUAAUUAAUCUAAUAUAUUAUUAUGGCAACAACAAAA